UCAAUCAAUGCUUAUACUAAUGCCCGUUGCCUUGGAAGGACUUGUCAUGGACACGCCGCCACACACUCGGCCACAAGAAGCACCAAGGACCCACUCGAUAAAUAUUGCCAUUUUGGUCAGGAAGAUGUGUGCUGCUUAAUUGCAUGGAUCUUGGGAAGUAUUCUACUGGGUUGUGCUCAUUUUGUCCGGCCUUAGAAUGGCAUUGUUGUAUUGGUUUCGGAGACCUUAGCUCGCUCCGAUGGGCGAUGCAUCCUAUGUUUCAGCUUUGUUGCUUCCGAUAAUGGUUUGAUGCGAGAUAUGGGCUGGGCUUGUAGACUUUUCUAGACUCUGUAUCGCCUCUCUGUGGAAGUGAUUCCUUAGAUUUUUAUUUUUUGGGGGGGGUUAUAAAUGCAAAUGCGUGAUUGUUUUUGUGUUUGAGCUUUGUUGUUAGCGAGAAGGAGCUGUUGGAGAGUUUGUUGGGGUGAUGGAGAAGGUAUUGUUUGGUUCGAAGUUGGAGGUGGUGUUCUUAGGGACGACAUGCUCAAAACCGGGGAUCGGUCAGAGAAGCCGCCUAAGAUUCUCACGACAAGCGUGUUCCCAUCGAGAGAUAGGUAGCUUCUCUUCCAUCGGCUUCCAGAUGAAGAUCUCCUAUUCAAUUUCCAGAUCAUCAAGUGAGGAUAUUGACUCCACAGCCCCUGAAAAGUUUUUAAAAAGUGAUUCUUCGAUUAUAAAUGGAUCCAAGGUCGCAGCUUGUAUGUGGCCACCUCCCAGAGGGAAUUAUGUACUUCAUGCUUAUGAAGAUGAGUAUGGAGGAAUCAUCAUCGAAUCAGAGAGAUUGCCUUGGAAUGCAAAUGCCUUUGCUUCUGCCCUGCGAGCAUCUCUUUCCCAGUGGAAAGUUGAGGGAAAGAAAGGGGUAUGGCUAAAGUUGCCACUCGAUCGCUCUGAGUUUGUCCCUAUUGCAGUUAAGGAAGGAUUCAAGUACCACCAUGCAGAGCAAAAGUAUGUAAUGCUAACAUAUUGGAUUCCUGAAGGACCUUGCCUGCUUCCUGCCAAUGCAUCACAUCAAGUUGGUGUGGGUGGUUUUGUAAUGAAUGAUAAAAAUGAGGUGCUUGUGGUGCAAGAGAAGUAUUGUGCUUCAACAUUUGCAGGUCUUUGGAAACUACCCACAGGAUUCAUCCUUGAGUCCGAGGAGAUCUUUUCCGGAGCUGUAAGAGAGGUCAGGGAGGAAACUGGAAUUGAUACAGAAUUUGUGGAAGUGAUAGCUUUUAGGCAUGCACACCAUGUGGCAUUUGGAAAAUCGGAUCUAUUUUUCAUCUGCAUGCUGAGACCUCUAUCAAGUCAGAUUAAGAUAGAUGAACUGGAAAUACAAGCAGCUAAGUGGAUGCCGCUGUCUGAAUUCGUGGAGCAACCAAGCAUUCAGGGUGACAACAUGUUUAAGAAAAUCAUCGACAUUUGCGUCGCACGGCUUGGUAAGCGUUAUUGUGGACUAGCUGCUCACCAGGUGAUCUCAAAAUUUGAUGGGAGUUCGUCUUCAUUGUACUAUAAUGUGGUGGAGCCUCAGGAUUUCAAUUGCCAGGGAACUUGAAAGGCAUGAAUGUUCUGCUUUGCUGAUGCUAGUUUGCUCUAACUUGUACCCAUCUGUGGAGUAAAUUUGGAUGGAGCAGUCAACAUUGAAAUGCUGUAGCUCUUUGCCUCACUAGUGGCAUUGGUGUUCAAUCCCAGGAGUUGUGCAGUUUGGGAUCUCUGUGUACAGACAUAUAUGAAUGAUAUAGUAAAAUAAUUCUGUCUACUCAAUCAA